UGCAGUUGUGGAAUGGCGAACAGUAUAAAUUUGAACUUCGACGAUGCAGGAUUUCUCUGAAAAAUCAAUUUUCCCUCUAGGUUGUCCGGUGAUAGUGACAGUGUUGUGUGAUUUUCUAGUGAAUGGUUUUGUGAAUCUGCUGCCGUCUCCUCUUAUCACCAAGUGCCCUCAUGCAGAGGUGUGUAGUAGUGGUACUACUAGAUCGAUAGUGAACCGUGGAAAACCGAGAGUGAAACUGAAGAAGAUACCACCGGAAGUGGGCCAAGAACGGCAGUGUUCCAAGUGUGUUUUGUUACCAGAAUUGCCUGUUCGGUCCUCUACAAUUAUACGGUGGUGGAGUGAGUUUUUCCUUGUGGAUUCUUGUGGAAAAUGGAGAAAACUGAUGCACCCUAGAACGACAUGAUGCCGUGCGAACACCGAAAGUGCAUCAACCGAAGGAACAAACAAGACGAGCAGCUGCAAAAGGACUUUGAAAAGAUCGUUGGAUGUGAUCGUGGUCAUCGCGUAGGACCAACUCAGAAGUAUCAUCCGCAGACCAAAGAAUGACUUCACGUUUGGACCGACUGUUCAUCCUGCUGGAGUCCGGUUCGGCAGCCGUGACCCGGAAAGCGGCGGCCAAACAGAUCGGAGAGGUGCAGAAGCUGCAUCCGCACGAGCUGCACAAUCUGCUCGGUCGGCUUUUGACCUACCUGCACAGUAACAACUGGGAGACGCGAAUUGCGGCAUCCCAGGCCGUCCAGGCGAUCCUGGAAAAUGUUCCCCAGUGGAGCCCGAAAGGAGUGGAAGGAGAGGAAGGUGACGAUGGAAGUGAAUUCAAUACUCAGGCCGGAGCUGGCAGCUCCCGGCUGUCGUUCGAUAAGUUCGACUUGAAUGCGGUGUUGCACCGGGGAGCCCGGCUGAUGGGCUCCGAGGGUACGGAGUUCGAUGCGAUCGACGAUAAUGACGGGGGUGACCCACGGGAGAAGUGGGCCCGUCAAAGGGCUCUUUUGAAUGAAAAGUUGGGUUUGAGUACGGGUGUAAAUUUGGAUGAUAUUGUAUCGAUCGACGAUAUGCAGAAUCGAAGCGUACAGGUGCAACAGGCCAGACAGGAAGGUGAAAGACUGAUGCCAGUUCAGGAGAUUUUAAAGCUGGAGACUGAUAGGUCUAGUCAGGAGCUGAGCUGUCGGGAGAAGAAUCGUGCCCGAAGGAAGGCACGCGAGCAGCAGAAGGCAUUUCCCAAUCCCAUCAAUGCCGUCACGGGAGGAAACUCCGGCACCGUUGUCAAUGGUUCCGGAGGCGAUGGCGAACCGGAUCGGAAACGGGUAAAAACCGAUGGUAAACCGGAUCUUGUUGCAUUUUCGGAGCCCGUUCCGGAUUUAACUGGUGCGUGGGUGGAUGCAACGGAAUGGCCUUUGGAGUCAUUCUGCUCCAAGCUUUACAUGGACUUGUUUAGCCCGCGAUGGGAAACACGCCACGGUUCAGCGACGGCUCUGCGGGAGUUACUCAAAAGCCAUUCGCAAGGAGCUGGGAAAAGUAUUUUCAUGACAAAGAAACAGAUGGACGAGCAACACCAGCUCUGGUUGGAGGAUGCUACACUGCGAUUACUUUGCGUGUUGGCCUUGGAUCGUUUUGGAGACUUUGUGUCCGAUCAGGUUGUCGCCCCCGUGCGGGAAACAUGCGCCCAAGUUCUCGGUACGGUUUUGAAGCAACUGCCCUUGAUAAAUGUCCACAAAACAGUUAACAUUCUCCUAACAUUCAUCAAACAGAAGGACUGGGAAGUUCGUCACGGUGGCCUGCUGGGCAUCAAGUAUAUGCUAGUCGUUCGGGAAGACCUAGUUCAAACCUUCCUACCGGUGAUCAUCAACGAUGUUCUGACGGGGCUGUUCGACUCCGUAGACGACGUAGGAGCUGUAGCGGCAGCUACUCUCAUUCCCAUUGCUUCCUGGCUACCAAAGUUGCUUACUAAAACACAAGUCUCUCACAUUGUCAAACUUCUGUGGGAUCUUCUGCUGGAUCAAGACGAACUGGCUUCCGCGUGCAACAGCUUCAUGGGACUCCUGGCAUCUAUUCUCUGUCUUCCGAAUGCCUCCAACUGGAUCCAAAUGGAGCCAAUGUCCAUUCUAGUGCCACGUUUAUGGCCAUUUCUCAGCCACUGCACUUCUUCCGUUCGAAGAUCUACUCUACAAACGCUGAAAACCCUCACCAAUAGUAAACUAGCGGCCCAAAGCGAGCCAUCCACGCCAACCGGAAGCAACGGAAUGAACGGCAAAGCCACGUCCGUUAUUGUCAGUACAGCGGAGGCCUUGGCCAAGGCGGCUACUGAAACAAACACAAUUCUUCAGGUAGAUCCUUCGGAAAACCUGGUUCUGAACUUCGGAGUACAGGAGUGGCCGCCCGCUUUGCUGCAGGAAGCUCUACGCCAUAUCUUCCAGCGGGUGCUGGUGGAGCACGUCGAAGAUAUUCAAUCAUCAGCCGAAGACGUCUGGAACAACCUCGUUACGAAUGCGGAAUUGUCGGCCCUCCUCCACGCUUCCUGUCCGUACGUAGCCAGCUGGCUCUGUCUGGCUAUGCAACCGGUCCGAUUGGCAUUCGAUCCGUCCUCUUUGAUUUACGCUAAACCGACUCAACCCUCCCAGAUACGGGAACGUCGCCGUCAGUUCGACUCCUUCGACAGUGGUAUCCCGUCGCGUCAGAAACUGUUCCUCGGUGGAUCGGAAACCAUUCCGAUCGACCAUCGAGAGAGGAACGUCAUUCGAGCCCGUAUUAAGGCGUCGAAAAUGAUUGGAUUGUUGUCCCGGUAUUUGGUCCUGCCGGCUCCGGGCGUCGUGUACACCUCGGAAAUUGAAAGUCCCAUCGAUUGUUAUACCAAAGUAUUGCUCGGUUAUCUGCAGUCCCGUUCGGCACUGCAACGCUUGAUCGCCAGCCUUGUGAUUGCAUUUUGGUGUUCGUGCGAUGACACCAUCAAACCGGGACCCGUAUCGCUCCAGGACCGAUUGAAGGUCUGCCUAAAUGAGUACGUUUACUACGAUGAAGUGGGUAUUCUUUUCACCAGACUGCUGCAGGAAAGUCGAGACUACCUGGCCACGCUGAAGCAGCACAAGAUCCAGUUCGUGGAGUUUGAGAAUUUAAAGGUGUUGAGCUUGGAUCAGAUCUUCCAGCUUUGCACGGUGAUGUCGGAUAACACAAAAAACAAGUACGGCUUGAAGACGAAGAUUGCCGAGAUGAUGGAGGAACGGCGACGGGGACUGCUCAACUCACAUGCCAGCACGUCUUUGGAGCAGAACACCCUUCACAUCAGUACCCAAGCAUCGCUUUCGGGAGCUGUAGUCAGUUUGCACUGCCUGCCGGAGAAGUUGAAUCCGGUUGUUAAACCACUGAUGGAAUCCAUCAAACGUGAAGAAUGUGAACUCCUGCAGAAACUGUCUGCCAAAUAUUUGGCCGAUCUGCUUGGACAAAUUACGGUUCGCAAUCCCUGUCCGAACAGCAAGAUUGUUUCCAACCUCUGUACCUUGCUGAAAAGCGACCUGGAAUUCACACCGAAGUUGGUUAUUCCGGAGCGGGAAAUGCGCCACUUUGAUCCGGCCAAUACGGCUGACACCAAUUUGUACCAUGGAAUAAUAACACUCAUGAAUCAACAGAAGUCCAAGGAAGGUAACAACGGUACUGCUUCUCGAGGCCCCGGCAGGCCAGCUUCGGUUACCUCGGAUACUCCAACGGCCGAAGAUAUCCUCAACGAAAACGAAGAAACUAGUCGCAAGCACGCCCGUACUCAGCGGCUUGGUGCCACGCAUGCCAUAACCACAAUCUGCUCGUACUUCAAGGAAACCCUGCCACAAAAACUUCCCGUCCUGUGGCAGCUGAUGACGGAGAAGAUCAUAACCAAAGUAGAUGAAGUUUACGUCGAUCGACUCAGUAGGGAGAUCGUGAACCAAGAAGAUACCAAUGACUUCAUGACGUCGCUGCAGCUGAUCGAAGUUGCCUCGCGGCAUAUUGAUCAGGCCCUACACGAUCAACUGUUCCAGUUGCUACCGAAGCUCUGCCUGCUGCUACGGCAUCCGUUGAAGGCGAUUCGUCAUAUGGUCGGUCGGUGUUUGGGUACGCUUGCCGUAGUUGAUUCCCAGGUCGUCAUGACCAUGGUCAUCAACGAUAUCGUGCCCAUGCUUUCGUCAAUCGAGAACGUGAUCAAGCGACAAGGGGCUGCAGAAGCCAUAGCCUGUAUCGUCAGCAAGCUACAGAUGGAAAUUGUUCCGUACGUGGUGCUACUGGUUGUCCCUCUACUGGGCCGUAUGAGCGAUCCCGAUCAAUCGGUUCGACUCGUAUCGACCCAUUGCUUUGCCACACUAAUUCAGCUGAUGCCCCUGGAUGGGAUCACUCCCGAUGUGCGGGGACUUUCCGAAGAUCUCAAGAAUCGCAAACUCAAAGACAAGGAAUUCCUCGAGUAUCUCUUCACGCCCAAGACGAUUCCGGACUUUAAGAUACCGGUCAAGAUCAAUGCCGAUCUGCGCAGCUAUCAGCAGUCGGGAGUCAACUGGUUAUGGUUCUUGAACAAGUACAAAUUACAUGGGAUUCUGUGUGAUGAUAUGGGUCUCGGAAAAACCUUGCAGGCGAUCUGCAUUCUUGCUGGGGAUCACUACCAGCGCAGUGUCGAUCCGAAGUGUGCUAAGCUGCCGAGUUUGGUGAUUUGUCCACCGACCUUAACUGGUCAUUGGGUGUACGAGGUGGAAAAGUUCUUGCCAACUCGCUUCCUGCGACCGCUGCACUAUGUUGGCUUACCGGUGGAUCGUGAACGACUUCGUCACAAACUGGGAACGUACAAUCUGAUCAUUGCGUCCUACGAGAUCGUUCGCAAGGACAUUGAGUUCUUCAGUUCCGUUCACUGGAAUUAUUGCGUACUUGACGAAGGUCACAUAAUCAAGAACGGUCGAACGAAGAGUUCCAAAGCUAUCAAACAAUUGGUUGCGAACCAUCGGUUGAUCCUGUCGGGAACGCCCAUCCAGAACAACGUGCUGGAACUGUGGUCGUUGUUUGACUUCCUGAUGCCGGGUUUCUUGGGAACGGAGAAGCAAUUCAGUACCCGGUUUUCCCGUCCGAUUCUGGCGAGUCGCGAUCCAAAGAGCUCUCCAAAGGAGCAGGAAGCUGGAGCACUGGCCAUGGAAGCCCUUCAUCGGCAGGUGCUUCCGUUUUUGUUGAGGCGUGUGAAGGAAGAUGUGCUAACGGAUCUGCCUCCGAAGAUUACACAGGAUUUGCUGUGCGAGCUGAGUCCACUGCAGGAACGGCUGUACGAGGACUUUAGCCGGACGCACCUCAAUUCGGACAUACGGGAGUGUCUGGAAAAUAUCGACGGGCAGAUCGUGAGCAAGAAGACGCACGUGUUCCAGGCAUUGAGGUAUCUGCAAAAUGUUUGCAACCAUCCAAAACUAGUCCUGCAGGCAUCGCAUCCCGAGUACCAAACUAUUACAUCGGAAAUUAGUCGUAGCGGAAGCUCGCUGGAUGACAUCGAGCACUCUGCCAAGCUGCCGGCUUUGAAGCAACUGCUGCUCGACUGUGGCAUCGGAACCAACGAGGACAUGUCGGUCAAUCAGCACCGGGCUUUGAUUUUCUGUCAACUGAAGGCCAUGCUGGAUAUCAUCGAGAACGAUCUGCUGAAGAAGCACCUGCCGGCAGUGUCCUAUCUGCGGUUGGACGGAGGUGUCCCACCUAGUUCGCGUCACCAAAUCGUGACCAAGUUCAACGGUGAUCCCAGCAUCGAUGUGCUGCUGCUGACAACUCAGGUCGGCGGUUUGGGGUUGAAUCUAACCGGAGCGGAUACGGUCAUCUUUGUCGAGCACGAUUGGAACCCGAUGAAGGAUCUCCAGGCCAUGGACCGAGCUCACCGAAUCGGUCAGAAGAAGGUGGUAAAUGUCUAUCGUCUCAUCACCCGAAAGUCUCUCGAGGAGAAGAUCAUGGGACUGCAAAAGUUUAAAAUUCUAACGGCCAAUACGGUGGUGAGCGACGAAAAUGCCUCGAUGGAAACGAUGGGCACGGAUCAGCUGCUGGAUUUAUUUGCGCUGAGCGAUGGCGGCCGGAGGGCGGACAAGGUUGACAAGGGUUCCACGAGCGCUGGUUCCACGGCGGCUGCCGGAAGCGACGCUAAUGGUGCCAACGGGUCCACGAUGAAGAACGUACUGGAAAAUUUACCGGAAUUGUGGGACGACAACCAGUACCAUGAGGAGUACGAUCUGUCCCAAUUCUUGGAAGGACUGAAGAAAAACUAGUCCCCGAGUGAGUGUGUUGUGAGAAAUGAUAUGCUUUUUGCUUAGUCGGUAAGAACGAUUGGAAUUGGAGCGUUGAAGCUCUACUUUAGUUUUUAGAUUUUUCGUUUAAGUAGCGCUGAACUAAGAUUGAUGUAAGCUUUCCCCUUUCAAUCCAUUGUCUAUCCUUUCAUCUCUGUUCAAAUUCUUCCAGAUGCGUACAAUUCUCUGUUAUUCCCUUAAACUUGGUAGUUUUCAAGUAUUGCUCUUUCCCAUGAUAAAU